CUAAAAGGAAGUGCAUUCAGCCAUAGAUUGCAUCCAAGGCGCGAGGCGCACCGCAGCCAUGCGCUGGAUGCGACCCGCAGCCAUGCGCUGGUUAAUCGCGCUGUUCGUUGCACAUGCUAGGACAAAUGCCAGGGGCAGUGCCAAAACAAAUGCCAGGAGCAAUGCGACCAGCCGCUUGGUAUUUGGCAGCUGCAGCAAGGUCCACCUCCCGCAGCCGCUCUGGCCCUGGAUCAGGAAACGCCAUCCGCGCGCCUGGAUCUGGGCCGGCGACGCGAUUUACGGGGAUCGCAUGGUCCGAGCCGUGCCGCUGACCUUCGAGGCGCUGGGCCCGGAGCACCUGCGCGCCGCGUAUGCAACGCAGAACGCAAUACCAGAGUACGCCGAGCUUAGAAAGGAGGUGCCUUAUUGGAUAGCGACGUGGGACGACCACGACUUCGGCCUGAACGACGGGGGCGGCGACCUGCCCUGGCGGGACGCCUCGCAAGCUGUUUUUCUGGAGGCGAUGGACCUGACCGUAGAAAGCGGGCAACAUGGGGUGUAUACCAGAACAACAGUGCCUGUGGAAGGCGGUUCCGUUUUAGUAAUAGCGCUCGAUUUGAGGUACCACAAGUCGCCGUAUUCUGAUGUAGAUGGAGAUUUUUUAGGAGAGGCCCAGUGGGCCUGGCUCGCGGAGACGCUUCAGAGUGUGAAGGAGGACGCCGUCGUGGUCGUGUCGUCGCUGCAGGUCCUGGACGAGCGCUAUGGGAUGGGCGAGCGCUGGGGCCGCUUCCCGGCCGCGCGGCGCCGGCUUUUGAAAGUACUGGAGUCCUGCAGGAAGCCGCUCGUCGUCGUCAGCGGCGACGUCCACAUGGCCGAGCUGAAUGUCGCGCGGUGCGGCGGUCGCACGCUGAUCGACUUCACGUCGAGCGGCAUGACGCACGCCUGGAGCCAUCAGAUGCGAGCCGGCUUCUCGAGGGCCUUCGCCCACGUAUUGACGGCGGCCAUGGCGUCGUUUCAAUUCAUAGCGCCGCUCGAGUGGCAGGCGAGCGACGCUGGUGGGAGGCGCAUGCACUAUCUGGACUUGAACUUUGGGGAAUUAGAUUUCGACGUGGCAAAGGGCCUUGUGACGGCGCGCGUCUUCGGGGCCGCAGAGGAGCCGGUCCUCGAGCGCACGUUUUCGUUAAGGGACUUGGGGGUGGGCGGCGCGUGCCGCCCGGUGCACGGGUUCCUCCCGCCGUGGCGCCACGCCGUCGCGCUGGCAGUCUGGGCGCUGUGCCUGGGUCUCGUCGUCGCGGCGCCGCUGGCGCUGGCCAUAGUCGUCGCGCGACGCUGCCUCAGCGCGGGCCUGACAAUAAACACGGCGACGGUCGACGAGGACGCCGAGAUCUUGACAAGUGCCCGCCGCGUCCGGCGCGAGGUUUUUUGUGUGGAGCAGCGCGUGCCCGUCGAGAUGGAAAGGGACGCCCACGACGCGUCACCGUCGACGAUCCACGUCGUCGCCUUGUAUGAAGACUUCUCGCCUUGGGACGUCACGUUCGUGCCGCGGCCGGUCGGCGCGGCGCGCGUCGUCAUCUCCACUGAAAAGCGCCGCGGCAAGAUCGGGCGCGUCUGCGUGCUGCGGGACCACCGCCACCGGGGCAUCGGGCGCCGCGUCGUGCGCGCGUGUGUGGAUGCGCUGCGGCAGAAACACCCGGGCUACCUCGCGACCCUCGGGAGCCAGGUCCACGCCGUCGGCUUCUACGAGUCGCUCGGUUUUCGUUGUAUCGAGGGCGAGGAGCCCUUCAUGGACGGGCCCGGGUGCCUGCACCGCACGAUGGUCAUGGAGACCUGAGGCUGUUAUUUGUGUAAGUGUUACAUUAUGGAG